GUUGGCCGUAACGGUCGCAGGUCUGUGUUUUAAUCCUGCUUUUUUAAAUGAAGUCAAAAUGCCAAUAAGACCAGCUCUCCAACAACUGGAAAAGUACAUUGAUGAUGCUUUAAGAAAAAAUGAUUUUAAACCUUUGAGAGCACUUUUACAAAUUGAUAUUUCUGAAGAUGUGAAGAUUAAAUGCAGCAAACAGUUUCUCCAGAAGUUGGAUGACUUAAUAUGCAGGGAACUUGAUAAAAAGGAUAUUCAAAUUGUUUCAAUCAUUUUGAUGUCUGUGGGAAGAUGUGGCAAAAAUAUCAUUGUUUUGGGGAAACCUGGACUUUUAACCAUGAUGAAACAAGGAUUACUCCAAAAGAUGGUUUUCUGGUUUGAAAAAUCUGAGGAGAUUAUUAUAAGUAGAGGACGUUCAAAAGAUGAAGCUGUUCUAAAUAUGAUAGAAGACUUAUUUGACCUUUUGAUGGUCAUAUAUGACAUCAAUGAUGCAGGUAAAAAGCAAGUAGUGGAAAGUUUCAUACCUCGAAUUUGUGCCCUGGUUAUUGAUUCAAGAGUGAAUAUUUGCAUUCAGCAGGAGGCUUUAAAAAAAAUGAAUGCUAUACUUGACAGAAUACCUCACGAUGCCAAGAAAGUCCUUUCUAAACAAGAAAUAUUAACUCUAAUGAGUCAUAUGGGAGAAAGGAUUUUAGAUGUAGGCGAUUAUGACAUACAGGUCAGUAUUGUGGAAGCUUUGUGUAGAAUGACCACAGAAAAAAAAAGGCAAGAACUGUCAAGUCAGUGGUUUUCAAUGGAUUUUAUUGCUAAUGCAUUUAAAGGAAUUAAAGACUCUGAAUUUGAAACAGACUGCAGGAUAUUUCUCAACUUGGUAAAUGGCAUGCUUGGAGAUAAGAGAAGGGUCUUUACAUUUCCUUGUUUGUCAGCAUUUCUUGAUAAAUGUGAGCUGCAAAUACCAUCAGAUGAAAAACUCGAGGAAUUUUGGAUUGAUUUCAAUCUUGGAAGCCAGACUCUGUCAUUCUACAUUUCUGGAGAUGAUGAUGAUCAUCAGUGGGAAGCAGUUACUGUGCCUGAGGAUAAAGUUCAAAUGUACAGCAUCGAAGUGAGAGAAUCAAAGAAGCUACUGACUGUAAUUAUGAAAAAUAUAGUAAGAAUUGGUAAAAGAGAAGGGAAAGAAUUGUUUUUGUAUUUUGAUGCAUCAUUAGAAAUCACCAGUGUUACUAAGAAAGUUUUUGGUGAAAAUAAGUACAAGGAAUUUACCAGAAAACAAGGUAUUUCAGUGGCCAAAACAUCUAUUCAUAUACUUUUUGAUGCAAGUGGAUCACAGAUUCUAGUGCCAGAAAAUCAAUCAUCACCAGUCCAAGAAGAUCUUGUUAUUUUAAAAGAAAACGCUAACCCUCAAAAGAGAUUUGCUAAUCCUCCAAAACACAACAAAGGAAGUAAGCAGGGUGUUAGAGAAACAACACCAUCAAAAAGAAUUAAGCCACCACUGCAGUUGAUAAAUUCUUCAGAAAAAGCUGUUGUUUCUAAAACAUCAGAAAAUGGAAUGGGUAAUGCUAUGUCACUUAAACCCAGACCAUUUGAAGGAAGAAAGAGAGUAAAGACAAACAAACAUACAAGAACUGCUGAAUUUGUAGAAAACAUAGAAAAUGAGGACACUGAAUUCCUAGACCAAAAUUUUAAUGAACUCAAGGAUACUUACCCUGAUUCACCAACAGUGGAAAAAACACACGAACCUGUAUUACCUGGUGAUGUAGACAUCUCUGAAAAUAAAACACACUCCAAAUGGUCAUGUUGGACACCUGUAACAACUAUUAAGAUAUGUACUAGCCCAAGAAUGUGUAAUUUACCAGGAGACACAUUUAACAAAGAUGUCGUUGUUAACAAAAAACGUGCUAAAAGAUCAGCAUCUGAUGAAGAUCCUGAAGAAACACAGAAGGCGAAGUCUGGGAAUGAAAUAGUCAGGCAUAACAAAAUAAAUGAAAGAGAAGUUCUUUGCCAAGGAAACAAUCAAGAACAUCAUCCUAAAAAUGCACAGGAGAAAAAUACCGAAAGCACAAGGAACGAUUGGCAUAUUGAAUCCGAAACUACUUUUAAAUCAGUACUCCUAAAUACGACAACUGAGGAGUCUCUCAUCUAUAAGAAGAAAUGCAUAUUGUCGAAAGAUGUGAAUACUACUAUUUGUGAUAAAAGCCCUUCUAGAAAAAAUAUGAAAAGUCAUAUGAAGUCAGGGAGAGAAUUGACUUCUGAACUCAAUUCCUAUGAGUUGGAACAAAAAGCAAUGAAAGAAAAGUCAAAAGGGAAAGGAUUUACUGGUGCAGCAGAAUCCUUGAUAAGCCAAAUAAAUAAGAGACACAGCUUAAGUGACAACACAGAGUCUGCAAGACAGUUAAAGGAGUCUUCGAAUGGCAGUAUAUUUGCAAACAGAUUUGACCAACAGCUCAGUAAGGUUCAGAAAAAAAGUUACAGAAAACUGCAGACUACUUUUGCUAAUGUUACUUCUGGAUGUCCAUUGAAUGAUGUUUACAAUUUCAGUUUGAAUGGCACUGAUGAACCGGUUAUAAAACUUGGAAUCCAAGAAUUUCAAGCUACAACUAGAGAAACCAGCAUGGAUAACUCAAUAAAACUGGUAGGUUUAAGGAGUCAUGAUGAACACAAACUGUCUCUCAAAAGAAAAGAUAAAAGAAUUACAAGUCACAAAACUCUCUUUAGUGAUAGUGAAACAGAAUGUGGAUGCGAUGACAGCAAGACUGACAUUAGCUGGCUAAGAGAACCACAAGCAAAAAGACAACUAAUGGAUUACAGUAGGAGUAAGAGUGUGAAGAGAGAGAAAAGUGGAAAAUCAAGACUAUCUUUAGAAAAGAGACAGUCAAGAUCUACAACGGUACUCAAUAAAAACAUCACCAAAAAGGAUGAUGAGAUGGUUCCCGAUGGGAGAAGCAGACAUCCACGAAGAGCAACAAAAACAAAGAAAAAUUAUAAAGAUCUCUCAACUUCAGAAUCCGAGAGUGAACAAGACUCUUCAUACUCAUGUAAAGAUAAAUUGCCAGCAAAGGGGGAGAAUAUCCGUUCCAGAACCCAAACCAUGAACCGGCCACACAAACAACAGACACUCUUCCUUGCUGAAGCAUCAAAAGGACAACCAUCAAAAGAGCUGAGAAACUCAUCUGAGUUCAAAGACCGGAGAGAAAAUAACCUUGACUUCUCUUCUCUGUCUGUAUCUGGGAGCCCAUCAUCUGUAGAAGUCAUGAGAUGUGUAGAGAAAAUAACAGAAAGGGAUUUUACUCAGGAUUAUGACUACAUAACAAAAUCUCUGUCACCUUAUCCAAAAACUGCAUCACCUGAACUCUUAAGAAGUGACAGUAAAGUUGGAGGUCAGAGAAAUGCUCCCAGAUUCCGUGAGACAAAUGUGCUUUGUGCAGGUAGAAGUAGCUCACCAAGUCCAGGACUACCAUUUUUGCCCAGACACACUCCAAGCAAGAAUAAUUCUUCUGUGAAUAGAAAAAAUGUAAAUUCUGUGGUACUUAAACGAGGAACCCAAAAUGGGAACAGCUAUUUAGACAUAAGCUAUAAUAGUUCAGAGAAACAUUUUACGGAAAUCGCAUCUCCAAAUGGAACUGAAAAUCAAACACAAAGCAAAAAAGAGGAAAGCCGUGCUGCAUCUCCAUCAUUGUCUGGUGAAAGAACAGAGAAGAUGUGGGUUGACAGGCCCAGUGACAACGCUCAUGCAUCAGAAGGCCCCAGUCAUCAUCGUUGUAAACAAAUGCGCCUGGAAGAUAAUCUAAGUUCCAGUGAAGUGGAAGAGGCAGAAGAACAAAGAGCACAUUUGUUUCCUAAAGGACUGAGUAAAGGGGAAGAUGCAGGUGAUACCUUGAAAAUGUUUGAAACUUCUCCUUUGUUACUAACACCGGAGUGUUUUAUUCCUGAGAACUGCCAACAUGAUUUUUUAGAUACCAAGAAGCUUUACGAUAGCGUCAGCACAGUGUAUAAGAAGAAAACUGAUACCCAGCAUAAAAUCAUGGACGAGUUUACUAAGCAGACUUUGAAACUGGUUCAACAGCAUCUGAAAACACUGAACCAUCAAGCACGAGAGCGAAGGGAUGAGAAUCUUGAUAAAUUCCAACUCAUUCUCCUAGAUGUGGUGGAGAAAUUUGAGAAAGAUUCACAGUUAUUAAAAGAUUUGGAGAAAGAACUUGUGGACUUUGAGGAAACCCUGGUUCAGAGGUUAAGAGCAUAUUCCAGAAAUGAACAGCAGAGGCUUCAUUCUUUGAAAACCUCAUUGGAUGAAAAUAUUGUUGACUCUAACUCUUGUUAUGAAGAAACUGUGUUUACAUCUGAGGUGUGUUGUUUGAAAGAAAGCAUGAAAACGCUACAGGACAGGCUUCUCAAGGAAAUGCAUGAAGAAGAACUUCUCAAUAUACGCAGAGGACUGGCAUCAUUAUUCAGGGUGCAUGAAGAAAGUGCUAAUGUGUGAAAUCUAGUUACUGUCAACACAUUUUAUCUAAACUCUAGUUUUGUGUAUGACUGAAAAAAAUAACAAAAUAGCCUUGUGGUGAAAAAAAUAUCCAUCAUCCAGGUAGCUGAAUGUGUGGCAGAACCUCCAGAUUCCAAGGAAGGUUUUCUUAUUCCUGAGGAUAUAAUUUAACUCCAAACCCAACUUUUGCCUGUACUGUUUUCUAGAGAAUGAAUGUUUCAGGUAAACAAACAGUAAAAGGAAUUAGCUUACUUUGGAGUGAUAAUUUACAUUAAUUACUAUAUCAGUAAAACUAGUCUCUUUAAUAAAAGUAUUACAUAAAACAUUGUAAAAUUAACAGUUUUGAGCCAGAUGUGGUGGUGCAGGCCUUUAGUCCCAGCACUUGGGAGGCACAGGCAGGC